ACCAGAGGACGCCACAGAGAGCUUCCUGGCAAGAGGGCCCAGGGACGAGGCUGCCUGACCCGUGCACCCCGAAAUGGCUCGGAGGCAGGACGAGGCGCGGAUGGGCGCGCCCCUGAGGGCGGAAGGCCGGCCGGACGCGGAGGUCAGGCUCAUUCUGUACCACUGGACCCACUCCUUCAGCUCUCAAAAGGUGCGCUUGGUAAUUGCUGAAAAGGCACUGAAGUGCGAGGAACACGAUGUAAGUCUGCCCCUGAGUGAACACAAUGAGCCUUGGUUUAUGCGUUUGAACUCAACUGGAGAAGUGCCUGUCCUUAUCCACGGGGAAAACAUAAUUUGUGAGGCCACUCAGAUCAUUGAUUAUCUUGAACAGACUUUCCUGGAUGAAAGAACACCCAGGUUAAUGCCUGAUAAAGGAAGCAUGUAUUACCCACGGGUGCAGCAUUACCGAGAGCUUCUUGACUCCUUGCCGAUGGAUGCUUACACACAUGGCUGCAUUUUACAUCCUGAACUCACUGUGGAUUCCAUGAUCCCAGCUUAUGCAACCACAAGGAUUCGCAGCCAGAUUGGUAACACAGAGUCUGAACUGAAGAAACUUGCUGAAGAAAACCCUGACUUACAAGAGGCAUAUAUUGCCAAGCAGAAACGACUUAAGUCAAAGCUGCUUGAUCAUGACAAUGUCAAGUACUUGAAGAAAAUUCUUGAUGAGUUGGAGAAGGUCUUGGACCAGGUGGAAACUGAGCUACAAAGGAGAAAUGAAGAAACUCCAGAAGAGGGUCACCAGCCUUGGCUCUGUGGAGAAUCCUUUACCCUGGCAGAUGUCUCGUUGGCUGUCACAUUGCAUCGACUGAAGUUCCUGGGGUUUGCAAGGAGAAACUGGGGAAAUGGAAAGAGACCGAACUUGGAAACCUAUUAUGAACGUGUCUUGAAAAGAAAGACAUUUAACAAGGUUUUAGGACACGUCAACAAUAUAUUAAUCUCUGCCGUGCUGCCAACAGCGUUCCGGGUAGCCAAGAAAAGGGUCCCAAAAGUUCUUGGCACCACCCUUGUGGUUGGUUUGCUUGCAGGAAUGGGAUAUUUUGCAUUUAUGCUUUUCAGAAGGAGACUUGGCAGCAUGAUAUUAGCUCUUAGACCCAGACCAAAUUAUUUCUAGGUUUGUUGGGCUUUGGGGGAGCAACUCAUCCAACCAUUCCACCAGGCCUUCAUCCACUCUUCCAGACCCAGUGAAGACUUAUCCUGGGUAACUAGUAGAAAGCAUACUUUACAUUACUCCUCAGUGAGUUCCUGUGGGUAAAGGAGCUUAUGAUGUGGUAAAGUCUUCCUUCCUCCCUUGCUUCCUUCCCUGCUUCCUUCCUUGCUUCCUUCCUUCCUUCCUUCCUUCCUUCCUUCCUUUCUUUUAUGAGACGAUCUAUUACUAAUCUAUCCAUAAAGCAAGCAUGUGAAAGGUCAAAAUAUGUAAACGCUAACAGGUGGGGAGCAGACCUUUAAUGGAAAUUGUCGGUUCAUGCUCUCAGCUAUUUUUUGAGUGGUUGUAAUUAAGAGCAGACAAUAAUAAUAACCACUGACAUUCAUAGUGCUUCACCUGAGAUUGGCCACUGUUCUGGGAGUUGAGCAGUUACAAGGUCCUCCCCUGGAACUCAAAAGUCAUCUGUGCUACACUAGACAGGGUUCAGACCCCAACAUAGUACUGUUUCAUCUUCCAGUACCAACUUCAAGCAUAAAUUAGGGAGAAAAUGGGAAAGGGAAGAAAGAAAACGGGAGAAUGAAUUACAUCUAAGAUGGAGCAGUAGACUGACUUCCACUAGCCUCCACUGCUGCUCAUGGCUGCCUGUCACCUUGGUAAAUUUUGUGUAUAACUUCUUGUGGUCGUACCCACUCCUUAACUGAAGACUCAGGAGGAGAGGUCUGGGAAGUUAUUGGGGACAAUAUACUGGGGAGAACCCUACACAUUACAUACAAAACACCUCGUUUGACCUUAAUUAUGAAUCACAUAUCUUGAUUUGGUAAGAUUAAGUAAUUAUGCACUUGAUGAUGGGAUGCCCAUUGAAACAUAUAUGUCUAGAACAGAUUUGAAUAUCUAAAGGCAUAGUCAGGUGGUCCUCGUGGUUCCCAUGACCUUGUGAGGUACGGUCCUGUGGGCCCUAUGUUCAGUCCUGGGAGCCUUGGCCUCUAAAGCCCUCUUUAUUGUAAGGAAUGUGUAGAUGAAUGUCUCAGGUAAAAAUCAUGGCUUAUUACUGGUAGUGAAUAAUUUAAUGAGAGCCAAAUAUGCCCAUUUUUAUUUGGGAUACACAAUUUUUGGCCAGGCUUUGUGUUUUUUAAAUGCUUAUUAACAAAGCCUUAAAGAAAAAGAGGAGAGUCUAGCAUUGGAUGUUGACAGUUGAUUUGAGGGAGAUGAAAUAUACUGCUAGUGAUGCCCAUCCAUAUUCAUCCAUGUAUGGCCAAGUCUUUGGGGCGUGUGGUAUUCCAUUUGGAAGAAGCAGUUCUAGUAUGACCUAGGAGCAGCCGUGCUACUAUAAGGAAUGAUUAGUGCUCAGGAAAAACCUCCUAUUGAAACAAGGAGGCAGUUUGUGUGGAGCUGACUGUCAAGGCCUUCGAAGCAGCUUUAGAAGGCUGACGGGAAGCUUAUCCAAAGGCGGUGAGCUCAGAUUCCAGUGAGUACUGAAAGCCUGUUUCGAUGGCCUCAGGUCGGCUAUGCAUAUGACCAAAGAAUGUACCUGACUUUUUCAUUAAUGGAAAAAUGUCAUGUCUAUUAAAACAGUGACUUUCUGGUGGUAAAAACAAUUCUGUAAUUCCAUUCUGAUUCUAUAAUUCUUUUUGUAAUCUAGAUGUACUAGAAAAAUAGAAAACCCUCACAAACUGGUUGUGCCCUGUUUACGAAAGCACUAAUAACAUUCCGGUGUGAAUGCAAAUAAGCGACAAUGAAUAUGCUUACAGCACAUUUUUCUGUUUCAAUUUGCCCAUGUUGUUUUGAACUUGCUUGUUGUAGGACAUUGACGUGAUUGUAUUUGUAAAAGAGCCGCAGAAUUAAUUGACUAGUAAUUCAGAAUGUUUUAUGUCAUUCUGCAGAAAUAAAAGUGAGGCACAAAGAAGAAACAAUGGGAAUUUUGUAAAAUACAAAAACAAAAAAAUCUGCAGGGGGAAUUUGCCUGUAAAUGGAUUGUUAAAGACUGACUUUUCUUUUAGAAUAUGUCAUUACGGAAUCAGGAAAUCACUGGGAAACCUUUAUAAUUUUCUUAUACAAUCUAUCUGGAGGCAGAUGUGUACCAAUGUUAAGGGCGAAGUAUCCUUUAGUAUUUUCUGGGUAGGUGUUCCUGACUUAAUUGCUUUAAAACCACUUGUGUAGCGAUAGCAGCAUGGCCACUAGAUGUCACUAUUUACCCAGCAGUCUAAGCUUGUGUUCCAUUAGGCUCUGCAUGUCUUAGGUUCCAAGAGAAGAUAAAACAUUAAUGACCUUAGUUUCUAAAGUGAGGGCAUCUUCAUCAAGAUUGUUCAUCUAUGAAAAAGCUUGAGGCAAAUGUAGUAUUGAUUUCCUAAGCUUUGUGAGUGAUGACAACACUGUGUGAUGUCGGACUAAGGAGGCGCGCUGCACAGCCAUUGUCAGCCAGAAGUGCGUCUUCCUUUUCCCCCCGUCUUUGGUAACGGGCCAAUGAGCUUCCCAUGUGAACGCCACACUUGGAAAGUGCCAGAGGCACUAAAGAGUCAUCUAUUUCUGUCUUAACACACAUGCAUACUAUUUUAUUGUUACUGCCAUUAUAUGCCUUUUGAUUCUCAAAACUUGUGAACUGCUUGCUCAAGUUUUAAUAAUUAUUGCUGUUGAUGUCAAAGUUGUAGAUGGUGCUGUUGACUGUCAUGGGAAAAUCAAGAUAUUGUUCUGUCUGUAAGAUCAAUAAAACAAUUCGAAAAUAAAUGUUUUCGGGGACACAAAGAACUAAUUAAAAUAUUUUAAAAUUA